AUGGCGAUCCGAACCCAGGACGAUCGGGAUGCAGAUCCCGCCGUCGCCCCUCAACAGAGCCAGGCGGGACUCUACGCAUUGCUGCGACAUGGCGGCAAUACCAGUCAGCAGGUGGCCACUCCUGCUCUGCAGCUGCCAGCGAACUUCCAUACCUUGUUGCACGAUUUCGUUGCAAACUCAAGCCAAACCAAGACGCCCAGCUUUGCAUCUACCGUUCGUCUCAACUUAUCAUUCCUCGACCUGCCACCGGAGCUUCGCAACGUUGUUUAUGAGGACCUCCUCACAUUACAGCCCAACGGAUCUCCACAGAACAGGUGGCUGCAGCGCACUUCCUGUCAUCCGCAAAUCUUGCGCACCUGCAAAGAGAUCCACGGCGAAGCUCACGAGAUUCUGGAGACCGCGGUUGAGAGGAAGAUCUACGACCUGCUCACGACUUUCAAUGGUCGUCAGGCGACAAACAUUGGCGAUUAUCUUCCGUACUUGUUACGCAGAACCAGCAAGCUUGUCCUGGCGGUCAACCUUGGUCCGACGUUGCGAUCAGACGGCGAAGCGAUCAUUGGCGUUGGCGACAACUGGCCUCGCGACAUCAUCCUUUGCGACAGACUUUUGACGUCGCUGAAUCAUACUUUGCAUCAAGUCUACCAGAUCUUGCCCGACUCAAAGAUCAGAAUGGUCGACCUCACCAUCACCGCAUCAGCUGGACUGCCACAUCCAGUGAACGAUGGCGGCCUCGCCAGCCUGCUGUCGCCAGCAGUUGCGAUCGCCGCAAAGACUCAGCACUCCACCGAAUCUUUGGGCCGUCUUUUCACUGGAUUCGUGGCCGUCAACAUGGCAUCCUUGCGCACUGCGCUCCGUCUCAUCGAUCAACUCCGUGAGGAGGCGACUCUGUUAAACAAACUACACACCAAAUUCCUCCUUCCGCAGGCAGGUUUCAAACAGUGCCCCGUCGUGGAAAGAGAGUUUUCGAGGGAUGGGACGCCGCCGGAUGAUUGGGUGUACCGCCUGAAGGAUGCUGCGCGCGUCUACAGAAGAGCGUGGACAUGA